AAAAAAUAUACUCAAGGUUUCUGAAUUUAUUGCAACGUAACGGGAAAUAACGCACGCGCAGGCGCGCCGAAUAGCUUCCACGAGCGCCCUCAAUUUCCGGUCGGAUUCACGCUUCUCUUCUGUCUUGACGCAUCAAGAUGGUUAACGUACCGAAGCAGAGACGUACUUUUUGCAAGAAAUGCAAAGUACACAAGAAUCACAAAGUGACGCAGUACAAGAAAAGUAAGGAGAGACAUGCCUCGCAGGGCAGAAGGCGUUACGACCGCAAACAGCAAGGAUUUGGUGGUCAAACCAAGCCCAUCUUCAGAAAGAAGGCAAAAACAACAAAGAAAAUUGUGCUAAGGAUGGAAUGUACGGAAUGCAAGUAUAGAAAACAAAUUCCAUUGAAAAGAUGCAAACACUUUGAACUGGGAGGUGAUAAGAAGAGAAAGGGUCAAAUGAUUCAAUUCUAAACUACCCACUCAAUAUCUUAUAUGUUCUGCAUUCUGUAUUUAAUAAAUAAAUCUAUAAGGAUUUGUA